UUAUCCCCUCAGUUUUUAUAUUAAUAAUUCUCAUUCCCUCUCUCUCUCUCUCCUAUAAUUCUGACUUGGGGUUGUAAUUAAAGAGUGGAGGUUACCCCAAUCAAUCAAAAAGCUCAAAGAAGCAACACCAAAACCAAAAGGGCAACAUGGGCAGGGCUCCUUGCUGCGACAAAGCAAACGUGAAGAAAGGUCCAUGGUCACCAGAAGAAGAUGCUAAACUCAAAUCCUACAUAGAAAAACAUGGCACUGGUGGUAACUGGAUUGCUUUGCCUCAAAAAAUAGGCCUUAAGCGUUGUGGCAAGAGUUGUCGUCUUAGGUGGCUAAACUAUCUUCGCCCUAAUCUCAAACAUGGUGGUUUCUCCGAAGAAGAAGACAACAUUAUUUGCAGCCUCUAUGUCAGUAUUGGAAGCAGGUGGUCGGUGAUUGCAGCUCAAUUGCCGGGAAGAACCGACAAUGACAUAAAGAACUACUGGAACACGAGGCUGAAAAAGAAGCUUCUGGGGAAGCACCGAAGAGAGCCACGUAAUAGAGGGAAUUACAACAGUGUUAAGCAAGAGAUUGAUGUUAAUAGAGGGAGUAGUAAUGAUGGUGAUUCUUCCUCCUUAUCCUUGCUUCAGGAAAAUGGCAACACUACUCAACAACAACAACAACCAUGUUGGCCACAGAAUAUUAAUAACAUGCCUGUGCUACCACUACAAGUACCUUUGCCAUACACAAACCAAGGUCCAUGUUUCAAUGACCAAGAUUCCAUAAAAAAACUCCUUAUCAAACUUGGAGGAAGAUUUUCAGGUGAUUAUUACCAUCCUACCCUCGAUGGGUUGAACCUUGAAUUCUCAUCAGAUGGGCAACAAAUUUAUCAAGAACAAGUUCAUGUUGGCUCUUCUUCAGCUGCUGCUGCUUGCAUUAGUUCCACAAUUAACAACAACAAUGAGGUGCAAUUUGCACAAACUGAUCAGUACUCUGGAGUUCAUAACUUGGUGCAAGGGCAAGGUGGUAAUUUUACUCCGUCGUUUGAGGAAAUGGUAUCUUCUUCUAAUUAUCCAGAUGGGUUGGAGUUCUUGUAUAAUGAGGAUAUGAUCGACCACAGGAUAAUAGAAUCUCCUACUACUACUGUUACUGCUACUAUUACCACAAAUUGGGGCGAAACUAGCACUCCCCUUUAUCACCAUCAUAAUUCAAUUGCUUCCAAUUACCAAAGUCAAGGUGUGACACAGGAAUGUGCUUUGCAAUAUUUUAGCUACCCCGGGGCACAAUAACAUGAUCUUGUACAUUGUUAUUUUUAUUAUUAUUAAUUAACAGCUGCUACUAGCCAUUUGUCACAAGGGGAGGGGGUAAUUGAUUAUUAUAGACAAUAAAAUUAGUUAGAUAUAUAUGAUAUAUAUAACUAGCUAUGUGUAGCUAUAUUAGUUUAUGCUUAAUUAGUCUUUCACAUAACAGCUAGAUUUUUUUUUACGGUCAUAAUAGCUAGUGUUGAAUGUUGAUCAUGAUCUGCUAGCUGGUAGCAGUGUAGUUUCUUCCAACUAUUGUUUUGUGUAUUAAUUUGGCUAUCAUUUAAAUAUCUUUCGUGUUC